AUGGUGGAAGCCGCUAUCGAGGCCACCAGGAACAAAAAGAAAUCUUCCAAGCAGAAACUGUUGAUGCGUGCGAUGAAAGAGCUUGAUAUGCAGCAGAUGGUUCGACGGAUGCAGUGCUACUUUGGUUUGCGUUCGAUGGAUGACAUUGAAGGGACAGCAGACAUGGGUGACUGGGAUACCCCGGGCACAGUGCCCACAGUGCAGCCGCUAGAUGCCACCAAGGCAGUACCGUAUCCUUUCUGGAGAGAGCCCGUGUUUAUCAGUAUCGACGUAGAGUCGAAUGAGCGCUGCCAUAGCCAGGUGACUGAGGUCGGAGUGUCAGUGUUGGACAUGCGGAGUCUGGUGGGGGUUCCGCCGGGCGUGAACGGCGAUCAGUGGCGGAGCCGUAUCCAGUCCCGGCAUCUACGAGUGAGAGAAUACGGCCAUAUCGUGAACCAUGAGUUCGUGUCGGGCUGUCCUGGCAUGUUUCAGUUCGGAGAGAGCGAAUGGGUGCUGCAACGAGACUUGGUGGACGUAGUGCGAUCAAGCCUGCGCUUGGGCGAUGCACUGGACCGUCGCCUCGUAUUGGUCGGCCACAAUCUUUCAGCAGAUGUCAAGUAUCUCAAGCAAGUUGGGGUGGAUGUGGGAGGGUUUCGUGACCAGAUCGACACAGCGCAGAUGUUUCGCAAGCUGCGGAAGGAAGAGUCGGUACGGUCGCUGGGAGGCGUGCUGGCGAAACUGGACAUUAAGGGCUGGUACUUGCACAAUGCCGGGAAUGAUGCGCGGUACACUAUGGAGGUUCUCGUCGCCAGCUUUAUGGGAGCGAGUGAGGAAGACUCAGCGUAG